AUGUCCUCCGUCAAAGACUCCCCCGACCCCGGUGACCAACCCAACCCAGCACGACAGGCCAUGGCCGCCAAUGCCUACUUGACCCAAGCAGAAUCGAUCGUCAAGGUCCUUCAGAAGAUGAUCGCAAAGCGGCCUGUAUAUAUCGACCCAUCCAUCUACAUCUGCGGUCACGUUGUCCAGAUGACGUGA